UGACUGUAAACCCUAACAUUUAGAAGUUUUACCGUCUCCGACUGACCAGCUGUUGAAUAUCUCCAAGUUCACUAAAUAUUUUAAUCUCUGUCCACUAGACUUGCUUUCCAUUUCUGUCUUGGUUCACCCGCUGAUCUCACCUCAACAACUUUGUAAGUCAACCUUGGAAGAUGAAAGUCAUUCUUCUAACCCUCUUCGCUCUGGCUGUUGGUGAGUAAAUAACUUAUUUCUAAGUUUAAAUAACUGGUGCUCAUGUCUAUAGUCAAUGAAUUUAAUGAACAAAUUAUUCCUGGCAUACCCCAUUCAUUUCUCACAUUGUUCUCCCCCUAAGCCUCCGCCGCUGUCCUUGACCUCAACAAACAACGUCAAAUUGGCAUCUGUGUUGAGAUGUGCACACCAGGGGUCGCUGACAGCGGCUGUUCAGCCGGCUAUGUUUGUCUCUCUAAUGGCUGUGGCCACACUUGUCAUAUUUUGCUACGUAAGUACUUAUGGAAAUCACCUUGUCAAAUAUAUUACGACAUUCCUGAUGUAAAUGUCUUCCUAACAUGCCUCCAACAACCUUUUAAACACCACUUUGAAGACUUGGAUAACAUUUUAGUAGACACAUUGUUGAAAUUUAGUUAGCGAUCAAUAGAAAGAACACAAAAUGUUUCAAUUUAUUUAGUGGCACCAUUUAAAAAAAAUUCUCGUUGGGCUGGUUUAACCUGUUGAUUCAUUAGGUGCUACUCAGAUGUUGGGCUGGUUUGACCUGUUGAUUCAUUAGGUGCUACUCAGAUGUUGGGCUGGUUUGGCCUGUUGAUUCAUUAGGUGCUACUCAGAUGUUGGGCUGGUUUGACCUGUUGAUUCAUUAGGUGCUACUCAGAUGUUGGGCUGGUUUGACCUGUUGAUUCAUUAGGUGCUACUCAGAUGUUGGGCUGGUUUGACAUGUUGAUUCAUUAGGUACAAAUCAGAUGUUGGGCUGGUUUAACCUGUUGAUUCAUUAGGUACUACUCAGAUAUUUUCAUACAUUUUAUGCUAUUUUUAAAUUAUCAUCGUUAAAAAUUUCAAAUAUGUUUAAUUUACAAUUUUUAAAAUAGGUUAUGAAAUAUUUUAUUGAAUAUUUUAUCCAAACACUUUCUUCAUCGUUGCAUCAAAUUCCCCAGCUGGUAAAAGAGCCCUGUGUUUAGGGGCUGUGUGUGCCAACUUCUGCCCAUUUGGACACAAGCUGAAUGCUGAAGGCUGCCCGACAUGCAGCUGCAACACAGGCAUAGUUGUGUGAUUGAAUGAAAGAGAAAUAAAAUAAAUGAAAAUAAAAGUAACUUAAUUUUUU